GAGGUGAAGAGAUGGGGUUUGGCAGAUAUGGAAGAGGAUCCCCAGACAGACGGGCAGCUAGAGAAUCCUGAACCCAUGUGAGAGCCACCAGGUACUGCAGGGCGACCCACAAUAUUUUGAAGCCCCCCCCCCCCAGUGAUAUUAUAGCUUAUUUUAAAUUCAAGGAUAGGAAAGCCAGGCAGUGGUGGCACACGCCUUUAGUCCCAGCACUCAGGCAGGCAGAUCUCUGAGUUCAAAGCCAGCCUGGUCUACAGAGUAAGUGAGUUCUGGGAUAGCCAGGGCUACACAGAAAAACCCUGUCUCCAAAAACCAAACAAACUAAUAAAAAAGUAAAAUCAAAUCAAAUCAGGGACAGGGAAUGGACAGUUGGUGGGGGCUCCCCUUUGGAAUCUCAGAAUUUAGGAGACUGGGGUGGGAGGAUGGUGAAUUUCAGGCUCACCUGGCCUAUGACGUAAGGCUUUGUCUCAAAAAGGAAAGAAGAAAUCAGGGAACGCAUUUUAAGGUGAAAGAGACACCACCCCCAAAUUAAAAAAAUAAAAAGCCAAUAGAGGUGUGGUGGGAAAUAUUAACUGUUGACUCCACAGGCUUCUUGGCCUGUCUGUGAGGACGGUCCUAGACCAGGAUAAGUAGAGUGAGCAGACCCAUCCGAAAUUCUACCAGCACCACCGUGUACCCUGGGAUGGCAAAGGAAAAUGCCACCUAAGUGCCGGCACACUACUGACUCCUGACCAGUCUCCUUCCUCACUCCAGACGCAAUGUGACCAGCCACCUCUCUGCCACCAGCCCUUCCCCACCAUGACUGUUGUACCCUCAAACCGUGAGCCAAAGAAGCCCUUCCUUACGUUGACUUUGUCAAGGCUUUUGUCACAGCGGCAAGCAAGAGACUCAUACUCUCUUUUGCUGAGAUGGGGCCUCAUGUAGCUGAGGGUGACCUUGAACUCCUGCCCCUUCUACAUCACCCCCUGGGUGCCGGGAUUACAGGUGUGCUCCGUCACCCCCAGUUUAUGCUGUGCUGGGGAUGGAACCUACAGCCUGUAGGUAAACACUACCAAUUGAAUUGCAUCCCCCCGCCUACAGGUAGCAUUUUAGACCUAAGCCCAUCUGGGUGCAAACUUUGUGGUCGUCACUAUACCCCACUGGGUCCUCACUGGUGACUUUAUUUGAUAGAGGCAAGACCAUCACCCCAUUUUACAGCCAAGGAAGCCAAAGCCUGGAGAGAAGGGGGUUCUGUGUCCAGUCUCUUGUCUAGUUAGUAAGGGAGUCCAGAACCAUCCCUGGCCAUGUUCAGAGCAUUUCCUGUCUUCCACUGUGCCUUCCUUCUACCCUGUCUGUGACCCUCGACGUGACUCUGCACGAAUGAUGGUCUGCCUCUCUUCCCGAAGCUUCUAGCCCCACAGAGGGAUCUGCACAGCCUACCCAUCCCACCUCACAACCAAGCAGGAGCUGCUCCUGUAGCCCAGGAGGCUGUGGAGAAAAGAAGGUGGCUUGUCAAAGCAAGAGUGCAGGUUUACAUGAGGCUUCAGGGCCCCGGACAAAUGCCCCUCUGUAUCUUGAGGCCCUAUUGUGGCUGGCAGCCAUCCAGCGCUCACCGCGGGCAGCUUCGGAAGCCGGGAUUGGUCUCUCUGCUGUCCUCCCUGCAACCCAGCCCUGCCAGGUCCUGACUUGGGCAGGAAACAGGGGGUGUGCUCUUUCUGGAAUGGAGGGUGUGGGAGGCAAGCCAGCUUGGGAGCGUGAGGGGGCCACGUCCUGAACCACUCAGGAAGCCCAAAGUUUUAAGGUAGUAAGCAGCUGGGAGGAAGGUCAGUGGGUCCCGGCUGGCCAUUCCACAGGACAGAAAACUGCACUCUGGACAGAACGAGUGGCUUUGGAGCAAUCCCACAGCAAAGCGAACAACAAAGGAACAGAGAUGCCAUUGAGAGCUCUCACUGCCGGGAUGAGGCAAGAUCGGCUCUGGGAUCACUCACUGUUCUUCCUGAAGGAGGAGUGACUGGCCAGCGGCACCUGAACCCGGCGCCCCGGAGGUGAACCCAGACAGACCCGAGGAGGAGCCUGUGUCCUGUGCCCUUGGGAGGCUUCUCACUGCAGGGUCGAGAUGACCACAGCCACCACUCUGGGGGACGCCGUCUUCUCGCUGAACAUGACCAGGGGAGAAGAUAUCCUGUAUAAAAGUUCCGGAGCCAUCGUGGCUGCCAUCGUGGUGGUUGUCGUCAUCAUUGUCACCUUGGUGCUGAUCUUGCUGAAGAUGUACAACAGGAGAAUGAGGACCAGGCGGGAGCUGGAGCCCAAGAGCCCAAAGCCACCUGUCCCUCCUGCCCUGGACCCAAACAGCAAUGGCAGCCAGCAGCCUGCCGCUGUGACCUCCGACCCUGCCGAUGUCCCUGUGGAGACUCGGUGACCCUGCCUUGGUGCCAUCCCUGCCUGUGCAAAGAGCUCGUAUGACCUGAAAGUCCACUCUGCUGGCAGCUUCACCGAGUCCUUUCUGGUUGGGUAAACUGAGGCACGUUUCAUACAGCCCCUGCAGCUUGAAGCCUUCCUCACCUACAUUGUGCUCUGGCCAUCCCAGCUUUGUCCGUGUUCCUGCUGCCACUCAACCAAAGCUCUGAGGACAUUCUUUUGUUAUCUGAUGAGAAGCACUGUGCUGGGGAGACUGGUGUGAGUCUGGUUCUUGCCUCACAGGUGCUACAGCUCGACAGACAGACAGACAGACAGACAGACAGACAGACACCUGAGUCUUCUGGUCAGGGUCAGGAGUGUUAAUGAGAGAAUGUCACCCAAGGAGCCACUGGGAGCAUCUCAGCUUAAGGGCAUGUCCACAACUUCCUCAAUCCCAUAGCCAGGUGCAGGGAAACUAACUUGGGCUAACUAACCACAAAACCAACUUGGUAACAUCUAACUGUCCCAGUACUAGAUGGCUGGUCAGCGUUCUCCCCCUUGAACAAAGGGUACAAGAGGCUGGACUUGGUGGCACAUGCCUGCCAUCACGGUGCUCAGUGAAAGCAGGAACGCUGUGAUUACAAGACCAUCUUUGACCACAUUGCAAAGAUGUUUCUUUAAAAAAAAAUACAGAAUAAACACUAUUCUUCAAAACCUCUACUUCAUUAGUAGUUAGAAAGAAGAGGUACCCCGAGGAGCAGAGGCUAGCUCAAAGAUGAGAGGCAGAGGCUAGCUCAAGGAUGAGAAGCAGAGGCUAGCUCAAGGAUGAGGAGCAGAGGCUAGCUCAAGGAUGAGAGGCAGAGGCUAGCUCAAGGAUGAGAGGCAGAGGCUAGCUCAAGGAUGAGGAGCAGAGGCUAGCUCAAGGAUGAGGAGCAGAAGCUAGCUCAAAGAUGAGGAGCAGAGGCUAGCUGAAGGAUGAGAGGCAGAGGCUAGCUCAAGGAUGAAAGGCAGAGGCUAGCUGUACGAUAGGAAUUGCUCCAUUGCCCAUGGGCCUGGGCUGUGGUAACUGCUCAGGACCCUUUCUGCUGCCCCAGGUGGACUACCCUGACCCCUCAUUUUCUGGCUCCCUUUUAUUUGGAUGCUAAGCUUCCCUGGCAGUCCUCUUGCCUCUGGGGACAAGUAUUUGGAACCCAUUAAAUCUUGUAUUUCCUGCA